AUGGGCAAUCUAGGUGACCUGUCGCCCCAAGGGAGUGUCGCGGUUGGUGUGGUUGUCGGCUUGAUCUCGACUAGUCUCCAGGCCAUUGGCUUGACCCUACAGCGCAAAUCGCAUAUCCUCGAGGACGAAAAGCACGAUUACGAUCUACGAAGACCUCCGUAUAAACGUCGAAGAUGGCAGCUGGGAAUGCUGAUGUUCGUCGUUUCCAACAUCGUGGGCAGUACGAUCCAGAUUACGACACUUCCGCUCCCGGUACUUUCGACUCUCCAAGCGUCGGGUCUGGUUUUCAACACUAUCUUCGCCACCCUGAUCUUAGGCGAAGCCUUCACUAGAUACUCCCUCGUGGGCACCGUCCUUGUCUGCAUCGGCGCACUCUUGAUUGCGAUUUUCGGUGCCAUCGGGGAACCCGCGCACACGCUCGAUCAACUUCUAGACCUUCUGCAGCGACGAGGAUUUAUACUAUGGAUGCUAGGAACGGCGGUACUGGUGCUGGCCAUCUUACUGGGUUCCAAAUCCUUGAAAUACUUCGCCUCAUCGCGCGCCAAACACUCCAGCCCUCGCCAUCCGUGUAGCCUUUGUCUUCAAUUGCCUCCGAGUCGAGUCCGGCUGAUCCGUGGAUUGUGUUACGGUCUGGUCAGUGGGAUUUUAUCGGCACAUUCGCUUCUGUUGGCCAAAUCCGCCGUUGAGCUGCUCGUGCGGACCGUCGUGGACCGCGUCAACCAGUUCAACCGGUGGCAGUCAUGGGUUAUCUUGAUUGCUAUGAUCUCUCUUGCCCUGACGCAGCUUUUCUACCUUCACCGUGGCCUGAAACAGUGCAGCACCAGCGUUCUCUACCCGUUCGUCUUCUGCAUCUAUAACAUCAUCGCCAUCCUGGACGGGCUCAUUUACUUCCGCCAGAUGUCGCAGUUGACCGGCUUUCACGCGGGACUGAUCGCGCUCGGCACCAUCGUGCUCCUAAGCGGUGUUCUCUGUCUGUCGUGGCGCUUGGAAGCGGUCGACUCUCACGCAGCCGUGACCGUUCCCGCACCCACCCAGACCGCACUAGGACCAGGAAUGGCCGUGGUCGACGAACACCCCCAUUCCCCCAUCGGCCUAGAGCCCGAGGAAGACGAAGAAACCCAAGUUGGCGAACGCGAACCACUCCUGCGAGCCGCUCCUCCACACCGCGGUCUUCCUCAUCGACGCGCCCCUAGUCUCCCUCUCCUCUCCCCGUCACACCAACGGAGCUCCACCGACCUCGACCCAGCUUCGAUCUGGGCCGAGCUGGACGAUUCCGAUUACGAAUAUGCCGACACCGACGUCCAAUCCCCAUUACUCAACCGGGCCGACCCAUUCCAAACCCGACCACGGAGCAAAACCGGCCGAGACGGCUCCCUGCGUGUCUCCCAUCCUCUGCGCGCUCAUCGACUAUCCCUUUCCGAACGACGAACUUCCGCCCCCGCUGCCGAAAUCCGCAAGCCCACAAGACGGCAUCUUGAUUCAAAUACCGUCCAUCCCCUGGCCCGGGGAUACGGCACGCAAGAUGACCGGUCCGAUCAGCUCUUCUCAUCAAGCCACGCUCCUCAUCAUAGACAUAGUCAUAGUCAUAGCCAUAGUCAUAGCCAUAGUCAUAGUCACACACGCCACACCUCAUCCCCGAAUCCCACCCACGCCUCUCAUUCUCAAUCUCAUUCUCGGCCCCGCCCCCUCGCAGGCCCGAGGAGCGUCCUCAACACCGCCUGGAGAAGUCUCGCCCGGUGGACGGGAUACGGACGACGACGUCCCUCCGAGGAUCUCGAGGCUCUUGAUUCUCGGAAUGAGGAUAGUCACGGGCUUUAA